UUGGUAAAUCUGCGCGUGCGCAGUAACCGUCUCCCAUUGUCUACCAGCAACAGCGGCGAGCUCGUGAAGCGCAGCGCACCUGGACAUAACCGCCGUCGGACACACACACACACACACACACACACUCAUACAGGCGCACGCUGACUGACAUGCGCUGCCACAUGUCAUGGCCUGAUAUUCCGAGAUUAUUCGACUUGAAAUGAGCGCUAAGGGAGAAGCCUGCGCUGUCAGUGUGCUGCGGAUCCGUCCUCAGCGCCGCGAGCUUUGUCAUCGUUUCUGUCGUGAUUUCGCUCAGCCUGUCCUGUCAGUCACUUGACGAGAGCGUGCGUUGGUGUUUCUGCUCCGUUACAUCUAAACUGGCCUUCCGUCUUUGUUUGAUUUGCUGUUUUCUUCACCGUGGAGGUGCACUGUUCUCCAUGACUCUCACGGGCUCGCGCGCCUCCCGGACACAGCUGCUCCAGUCAGACUUGACAGCCCGGAUUUCUCCUCUCUCCAGUCUGAUUGUUUCCUCGUUGCUUGAUUGAGGAAGCUCGGAAGAACAAUCCCCCUCAUCCGAGGGGCGACUCGACCCCUUUUAUUUCCGCCACAUCCCCACCCCCGGUCCCCACCCCCGUCUUUUCCCGGAGCCCCGUUUUCAUAUGGGGGGUAAGCAGAGCACGGCGGCCCGGCCGCGGCCCCCGUUUCCCGGCGUGUCCACAGACGACAGCGCGGUGCCGCCAUCGGCCCACUUCGGUCACUUCCGGACGGCAGGAACGAUGGGGCUCCGCAGCCGCUCGGUGAGCUCCGUGGCAGGUAUGGGCAUGGAGCAUAACGGCGCCGUGCCCUUCGGUUUUUACACCACCACUACCACCACCACCACCGCAGCCACACAGGCCGCCCCGCCCAGAGCCACGGAGCCGGACCGGGCCGCGGCGGGACAGGGCUCCGGCUCGGGCUCGGACUCGGUACGCGCUCACGGAUACCGCGAAACAGGCGGCGACGGGCGGCACACGGACGGCGUGCUGUACCUGGGCUCGCGGGGAUCACUGGCGGACACGCUGCCUCUGCACAUCGCGCCCCGCUGGUUCAGCGCACACAGCGGCUUCAAGUGUCCUGUUUGCUCCAAGUCAGUGGCGUCCAAUGAAAUGGAGGUUCACUUCAUCAUGUGUCUCAGUAAGCCCCGCCUCUCCUACAACGAUGACGUGCUGGCAAGAGACGCAGGAGAGUGUGUGAUCUGUCUGGAGGAGCUGCAACAGGGAGACACCAUUGCCAGACUGCCGUGCCUCUGCAUCUAUCACAAAAGCUGUAUAGACACGUGGUUUGAGAUCAACCGCUCCUGCCCAGAGCAUCCUUCUGACUGACCUCCAUUCCCUCUUACUACUGCUGAGAAAGGGCACUUUAUGGACCUACACCUGGCUAUCUGGACACUGAUGUAACCAAAUAAAACAAUCAGUCCUAUUUAUUCGAUCAGAUUGGAUCAAACCUGCAGUGAUGGCAACGCGGAAACCAAAUAGAAGAACAGAACACACCGUCGAGUGUUACUUUCACACGUAUCCCACAAUCCCCUUGCCUGCGAUACUAGCUAGCAACUGUACUACCCACUAACUGCCCCUCAUUUUAGUGACCGAUGCUGGAUCUUUGUCCCCAGGAGUCUCGAGUCUUCGGGGUUCUCCUGUGUUCCUCUGAUAUACCUGUCCAACAGGAAGAUGGACAAAGGGCUCACAGCUGGAGAGGGGCGGGGCCAAACGAAACCAAUCGGAUGGCCGUGCCAAUUGUGGAAUAUGCUGAUUAGAUGGGCGUUGCUUGUGCUUCAUGUUGUCCUUGUUUGGAAAUGGGGGUGUGAGUGGGGGCGGGGUUAGGUGUAGAGGCAUUCCUGGAUUAUGGGUUUGGAAUUCGUGUGGGUGUGUGUUCUGUGCGCCAAAGCAGGGUGUGUGUGUGUGUGUGUGUGUGUGUGUGAAGUUUACAUUUUGCUGUGCUAUGAACGUUUCAGUCUGAUUUGUGUGUGUGUGUGUGUGUGUGUGUGUGUGUGUGUGUGUGUGUUUAUGCGGGUGGGGGUAGGGGUGGCAGCAUUGGGAAUUGAAAUUUCCCUCACUGAGUCACAUCGGCCUGUUUACUGAUUUUUCAUUUACGUUUUCAAAUUACAAUGUCACUCUAGUUCCCCCAUAAGGGUGUGUGUGUGUGUGUGUGUGUGUGUGUGUGUGUGUGUGUGUGUGUGUGUGUGUGUGUGUGUGUGUGUGUGGGUGGGUGUGUUUUUGAGUGCUUGUACACAUCUGGAAAGCUGCUUAACAUCUGGAUGUGGAACCACAGACAGACUGGUGUGAAACUGUUGCGAGAUACGAUCUUCCUCUCCUUUUAUUUUCUUUACAAUCCCGUGAGAAAACUCACAAAAAUAAAAAUAAACUCUUGAAGCUCCUGGAUGCCUCUGCUGUAUAAAGAACAUCCGCUCUUAGAAAAUGUGAGAAUUGUAAGAAAAAAAAAUCCGCAAGGGAAAUAUGAUGGACGGAAACAGCCUGAAAAGGACUGAUGGGUAAGGGGUGGGGCCAUGCAAACUGACCAAUCACAUGGCAGUCCUGAUCCCGCUGUUGUGAUGAGGUGGGCGUUGCUUGUACUUCAUGUUAUCUUCAUUGGGAAAUGGAUGUGUGGGGUGGGGAUGGGAAUGAGGAUGGAAAUGAUCGCAAAGCGAAUUGGAAAGCAGGAAACGUGCACUUGGUGACGAUGGAGCGUCGCUAAGGGACGCUUUCGUUUCCUGCUUUCCUUCAUUUCAUGUUUUUUUUUUUAUGGUAAUACAUUUCUGAAGAUGUGAAUGGACGCCUGUUUUUAGGAUGUACAAACUUAAUUGUCUGAUGACUUUGAUGUGCAGUCUGUGGGCUGAGUAAUACUGAUAAUGAUAUAUAUAAUUAAAAAAGAUAAAAUAAUGGA